AAAUCCACUAAAGGAGAGAGAGAGAGAGCGUGAGACAAGAAGACUUCCAUGAAACAACCUGAACCCCGUGCGAGAUCAGCGAGAAAGCCCCAGCACUCCCCCCUCUCUCCGUGAGGAGACACGCUCGCUGGCUUUCCAGGACGUGACUUGCAGAAGGAAUGCAAAAUCCAAGUGAUGAGUUGAAACUCUGAUAGAACAUGCCGAAGGUUUAAAAAGCUGCUGUUGAGCUCUGCAUCUCCCCACAUGGCGAACAAUCAGCUUGGUCAGGAAGGGACUGUGUCAGACCUUGAGAUCAUCUCGCAGCAGGUGGAGGAGGAGAGCCAGUGCAUCGCCCCUGUGCAACUUGUCAGCUUCGGCUAUCGUGACCUGCCCCUGGCUGCACUUGACCUCUCGUUGGCCGGGUCACAGCUACUUUCCAACAUGGAUGACGACGAUCAAAGAGAGAGCUCGAACUGGCUGAAGCCUUGCUGUGGGAGACGGACAGCUGUCUGGCAAGUGGUCCUACUCAGCGCUGGACUCAACUGCUUCCUGGUAGCGUCCGUGGUCCUGGUUGUCCUCCUGCUAACGCUGGAGCUCCUUAUCGAUACCAAGUUACUUCAGUUUACCAGUGCAUUCCAGUUUGCGGGGAUCAUUCACUGGAUAAGUCUUGUCAUCCUCUCUGUUUUCUUCACUGAGACUGUCUUCAGGAUUGUGGUACUUGGCAUUUGGGACUAUAUUGAGAACAAACUGGAGGUAUUUGAUGGUGCAGUCAUCGUCCUGUCAUUGGCUCCCAUGGUGGCCUCGACUGUAGCAAAUGGACCCAGCAGCCCAUGGGAUGCCAUCAGCCUAAUCAUCACCCUUCGCAUUUGGAAGGUCAAACGCAUCAUUGACGCUUACGUCCUGCCAGUUAAGGUGGAGAUGGAGAUGGUCGUCCAACAGUACGAGAAGGCCAAACAGGUCAGAGAGGAACAACUUGAACGACUCACACAAAUUUGUCAGGAACAAGCUUUUGAAAUCAGACAGCUAAGGGCCCACCUAGCACAGCAGGACCUGGAUCUCGCUGCUGAAAGGGAGGCUGCUAUGGAAAUGCACCACGUCUGGAACAAGCAGAGCAGCAAGUUUCAAGUAGUCGAUGGCUCAACCACUGGAGUGUCUGAUGAUGAGAGUCCUGACAGCAUCAUUGAUCCACGCCAAACACAAAAAGCUGUCACCAGAGACGAUAUGAACAAUUACAUCAGCCAGUAUUACAGUGAACCCAACAGCGAUAUGGGAAUUCCAGAAGGUACCUCCCAUGUUAUCACAACUGCUGCCAUCGAUGUCCAUCUCCCCAGUUCCCUUCACAAUGCCUCGUCUGACCUCUUGACGGUGGAGACGCCGGCAAAGCUCGAGAGGGUGAGCAGUUCCGUGAGCGAUAAUUCAGGCAGUGCCUCCAGAUCUAUAGACAGCACCACCACACAAGCCCAAAGCAUCAGCAGCCAAACCCUGGGCUCCUCCACGGACUGCAGCACAACUAGGGAAGCAUCGUCCGAAAGCUACCUGUUGGAAAGGCCUGAGAAGGAGGCGGGAGUGCACCAGGACAAAAGGGUGGUGGUGCAGGAACUCCUGUCCACCUUAUCAGAGGAUACGUGCCUGACUCAGAAGGGUCUGGACCCAGUAAACCUCAAGCUACCAAGUCCGCCUGGGUCCACUAACGCCAGCCCAGAGCUGGGACAUAGGGUUAAUAUUUAUAACAAAAAGAACCAGGACCAUCUCUGUGUGCAUCCAACAACGCCAGUCAUCCAGAUACAAGGCAACGACAUCACACUCGAAGAAAAGUACAGAUUCCGGGAACCUACAGAAUCUACAGUGAACAGACUGCCAGAAUCUUAGUCCUCAUUGUGCCCCAGAACAGCACUCCCUAUGCUUCAGGCAUUGGGGGUUCUUCUGAUCCUGGCAAUCACGGAUCCAUCAUCGGAUAGAAUUCAGGAAACGGGAUCCCACGUCAGGUUAUAGUGAAGAAUGUUUUGCCAUUGGCACCAUCUCACAUGCUGAGUAGAUGCAAAACAGUAUGACAAACAAUUACUUUUUUACAUUUUGAAUGUGUGUCUUUCCUUUUUCUUUGUAAUGUCUGUCUUGAAGUGCUGAACAUGACAUAAUUGGAAGAAUGAGCUGGGAGAAGUUGCACUCAAUGGACCACAAGUCAAUGAAUGUUUUUGUAGUGAGAUGAAGACCGUACUAUUGGUUUCAGUGAGUCCUAAUGGUCAUGUUACUGAUAGUUCAACCUACCAAUUGAAGGUAUUGUGGCACAGUGGUAAUGUCACUGAAUUAGCAACCCAGAGGCCCAUACUGAAUCUCUAGAGAAAUGAGUUCAAAUGCCAUAGGGGCAGGAGGAGGGAAAUUUAAAUACAGCUAAUUUCUGAAUAUUAAUACUUGUUAUGAAAUGCCCUUUUGUCAGGAAAUUUGUUGCCCACGUGUUUCAAAUGCACAUCUACACUGUAUACAAUUGACACUUAACUGUCCAUUUGUAGGUAGCUCACCACCAUAUUCUCAAGGGGCUUUUGGGGUAGGUAAUAAAUGCUGGCUUGGCCCAAAACCCCCACGUCCCAUAAAGAAAUUUUGAACAUUUACUGUUUCUGAUAAUCAGCAAUGCUUAACCAGUUUAUGCUACUUGUAGUCAUCUUUUUUUUUUAAACAGGGUAUUAACCUCCAAAAUCACCAUAAAAUAGUUAACAUGGAACAUCUCACAAAAAGAGCUUUGAGUUUAACAAUACAAACAGUAAUAUUCCAGACCCCUGGUGUUUAAAUAUUAAAGAUUUAGAAUUGUUCCAGAUGUUGGAGAAAAUAGGAGUUGAGGGUUAUCAGAUUGGUCAUCACUUCAUUGAAUGACAGAGUGGUUUCAAUAGGCUGAAUGGCCUACUUCUGCUGCUGUACCUUAUGGUCUUAUGGUGUGAGUUUGAAGUUAAAGGUUGGAAAUGAAGGUAUAAUCAAUCAGCAUCUGAUAGAGAAAACAUAAAAAUAACCAGAAAAAUAUUGUUUUCUUUUCUCCUUUUGGAGGAAACAGACACUUGCAGAAUGCUUUAUUUUAAGAUUUUCAAGGUUUGUGCAUUUUUCUCAUCUUGAAACACCAAAAUGUUGUGGUGUUGGGGAUGAAAUAUGGGCAAGAACCAAUUGCUAAAAAUCUCUCUUUAAAGUUGAUUGAAUGUCAGUACCAGCAGCGAACAGGUCUGGGACUCAGGCCAGCCCAAUAGUGAACUAUUUUUUGUGUUUUAAGAGAACUACUUUUUGAUGGUUGAGAACAUUCUUUGUAAAACCACUUGAAGGAGCUAUCCUUCAGCAUACCUUGCUGUCUUUUGAUUUGAUUUGACUUGAUUUUAAUGAGGUUCGACGAGUAGUUCAUUGGGGUCUCUGUAGGUACCUGAGCAAAAAUAGUUGUCCCAGAAGAUGACUUAUUGUCCAGAGCUCUGCAUCCCACUCUCAAAGUAAUUCUGUUCAGAACGACUUGUCAUUUAAAUACUGAUUCACAAUACUCUAACCCUCUGAUCACAAUAGUGUGAAAAUAUAAUCAAAAUAUUAGACUGAUUAAAAAGUUAAUUUGUAAGAAUCCAGAGUCCUGAUGUUUCCCUAUUAAACAAAAGUUCAAUUCAAUUUUCUUUGCAUUUUCUUCACACCAGUUAGGGGUUUGCUCCCCAUCUGCCUUUAGAUUAACAGUCCAGUUCUUGUGUGUGGGCUGUCAGUAACCCUCAAACAGGGGAAACUGAUCUCCAAAGCUGUGUCUGUAUUUUCCAGUCUGAUUUCUCACUUGCUCAUUUUACAGGGUGCUAAACUGUGAGCUGGUGACUGGAGAUGUAGAAAAUUUCAGAAGCAAAGUCUUUUUAAUGAAAGACCAAUCCUUCCCUGGUUUACUACCUUGGCCUGUGAUGCAAUGGCAUUAUUAGUUAUCAAGGUUGUUACAGACAUCAUCAGACUUUAAGCCCUGAUUCCGCCUCUACACCAGUAGAGCAGUGAGUGGCAAAUGAAGGUAAAUUGUUAUGACACGGGGUGAACCCCUCUGCUAACUUAAACCAGCUACAGAGAAAAAGUUCGCCUCACGCCGUAAUCUGUUAAAAUUCGAGAGGCAAAGAACUAUCCCAGAGGUCACUAUUUAAGGUAAAAAUUAACAGUUUUAUUCUUUAAAUCCAACAGAGAAUGUUAAAACCAACAACAAUUUACAACUCCUUUCUCUCAAAGCCAUCUUUUACCUCCCACUCUACAAUACUAAUCCAAUAAAAAAAGCCCUGAUGAAGAUUUUAGAAAGUCAUGUUACAAAAAUCAGUCAGCUUCAUCAAUUCUACUUUGUAGAUUUUUCUCUGCAGAUUUUCUUUCGGUCAAUUUCGAUGUUCUGCUGCUCAAACUUCUUAUAGACAGGUAUUUUUCAGAGAGCUCUUCAACUAGCAGUCUAUAUUUUUGGAUGUCCUUGGCAGUUCUCCUUCUAACUGUUCAAGACAUCUGGUUUUAUACCCCAAAAUAUUAAAUUGUUUCAUUG